UCUGUAUACCUUCCUGCGCUUAUCUCAUUUCCGGAGCUCUCAACAGAUUCUUCAGGAAUGCCGCCGCAGCUCGUCGAGUUAUCGCCAGGGAUGAAAGUUGCGGAGAAAUGGACGAUCAUCAAAAAGCUUGGUGCCGGUGCAUUCGGAGCUGUCUACCACUGCAAAUUCGGCUUGAGGGAAGGGGCUCUCAAAACUGAGCCAGUCGAUGCGUCAAUGCCGCUACUAGCAAUGGAGGCCCAUGUUCUUCAGGAACUGCACCGCAUAAAGGACGACCGUCACUUCACUAAGUGCUUCGACAUCGGCAGGGACAGUCAGACCAUUGGACCUGCUGGAAAGGUGUCCUUCAACUAUAUCGUGAUGUCGCUGGUUGGCCCAGGACUGGACAAACUCGUCAAAGCUCGACCUGGUCGACGCUUCUCUCCUGGUACAGCGAUCGGCGUCUCAAUUCAGAUGGUCAACGCGCUACGGGCUCUUCAUGGCAUUGGAUAUCUCCACCGGGAUAUCAAGCCGGCAAACACGACUACCGGACGGAAGGAAGAGGGAGAACAGCAGAUAAUCUACGUGCUUGAUUUUGGGAUCGCGAGAAAGUUCAUGCACUCAGAUGGGUCGUUGAUGCGUCCAAGGGAGUCUGCACGUUUCCGAGGGACUCCACGUUAUGCGGCUACAUCAGCACACAUCAAAAGAGAAUACGCACGUAAGGAUGACAUGGAAUCCUGGUUCUACAUGAUGGUCGAAAUCUUUGCCGGCAAACUUCCUUGGAGCGGUGUCGGCGACAUGGAUGCGAUUGGUACGUUCAAAGAAGCUCGACUCCCGAACAAUCCACUGAAGGUCCGAACUGAUGCUGUGCGUGCCCUCGUCGCUGGUUGCCCUGAUGAAUUCAUCACUAUCCUGAGGCAUAUAGACGAGAUGCGUUUCUACGGUCGUCCAGACUACAGCUGGAUAAUGAAGAUGCUGCGCGCAUAUCUCACCGAGAACAGGAUCCCUGAGCAUCCAUAUGACUGGGAAUGAGGGAUGUGAAAGAUAAAAUUGAGAUAUUUCACCCUAUUGAUUUUCCUCAUGAUUGUAUAAAUAUUUCGACAUUCGUUUUCGCUAUAAUUGUAUUUUACUGUAUUGUAUUGCUACAUAUGUAUUGUGCUUGUAUAUAUUCUAAUAAAUUAUUGUGCUAUUAAGGGGUUCUCAUAUUUUUUCGAGUUGGGUUUAAGAAGGGCGAUAUAAUUAGUGUUUUUACAGUUAAACCUGUCACCGAUAUUGUAUGCUUCCUCCCCUUUCUUAUCG